AUGUGCUCCAAGGUGGCGCCUCUCCAGGACACGGCGGUCCUCGAGAUCGACCUGGAGACGGACACAGCGUGGAGGAGCUGCUGCGGGAGGAUGCACACCGGCGGUGAGUUCGCCAACAUCACUGACAGGCCGUCGAUGAUCCGACCGAGCGCGCACUGCGUGAUCAGCGCAGGCCACAUGCAGAGCUGGACACGGGGGUUCCUGUUCUGCUGGUUCGUAGGCCGAUUGAUCAGCAGCGCGGACUUCUACGGCUUCAGCGGCGACGGGCAUUGCAACAAUCCGCAGCCGAUCUGGGAGCAGUGGCUUUCGUUUGAGCAUCUCUUCUACCAGGUUAACAGAUUGGCCCGCCACUGA